CCAGAGCGAUCGAACUCCUGUGACCAUCUGGAACGACGUCUGCUGCGCCGCUACUAAGCUCAAGAGAGCUGUCAGAAUGAAAGAGAGUGUCAACAUCAUUGCGACUUCGACUCCGAUAAUGGAGAAUAUGGAAGCAGUUACAGUUAAGUGGUCCAUACAUGUAUGGGCAAAUGACCAAAGCACGGACCAUAUACAACUGUUGUACCUUAUUUCGGCUUCGCUAACACUAACACCCGCGAAUGCUCAUACAGACGAGAUAAGGCGAGAGACGAUCGUGGCGCAGCUAUGGCAUUGUCUAACGACCAACUGCGUGCUUUCGACGAUCUGCGACAGCGUCUUUCACAGCUAUCCAUCUUCAUCGAAACCCGCAAAGCCAACCUUCGCAACAGCGAUCCGCUCCCAUCAUGGCCAGAUCUUCAAGGCGACCAUGACCACAUCGUCCGGAACCUGAGCGAAGUGCAAGAGACAUUGAGCAAACACCGCGAGCUGUUCACGUCUGCACAUGCGUAUCCACUUCCCACCUUUCCCGGUCGUACCAAGGAAGGCACGCUCAGCGCUGUGCUAAGGAAAAAGCUUGAGACACGGGGCGAGGACUGGAUUGCAGAGCAUCUUAAAUUCGGCACGGAGACCAGUGGGCAGGCGAACGGAUCAGUCGACGGGACGACCACCGCGCAUCCUCUCAACACCAGCGAAGCGAAACAACUUUGGGGCGAGGCAAGUCAAAGCCAUAGAGAUAUGCUGGGCGACUUCCUUCAGGGCGGAGUCUUUGAUGACGACUACACUAUCGCAGAGCGUGAGGCUGGUAUUGAGAGCGUAGUGACAGGUCUACGACGGAAGCUGAACGACGAGGACGAGAGUGACGAGGAGGAUGAUGAUGAAGGCGGCGACGAAGAUGAGAAGAUGGAGGAUGUCCUGCCCGCCAAGCCUGCCUCUACCGUCGAACCCUCCAAAGGCAAUACCGUGCAGCCUCUGCGACUCGAGACGCUGCUGAGAUUCAUGACCACGGGCCAACUUCCGCCUGAUAGAUGACCUGCAGCCAGCAGCAAGCUAGCUGGAUUGAGCUUUAAAGCGCCGUUGCAAAGCGUAACCAUGCCAUAGGUCUAGGAUAAAUUCU